UCUUACGUCAUCCUGUUUAACAUAAUUGACCAAACGCAGAGCUAUCAUCUUUGUUCUCUUCCAUCGAUAUCAUUUUUCAUCUUCUGACCAAUUCUUCAGCGACUUAAAAUGGCGCAGCAGUUUGUGCAGACUCAAAUCAAAGGAGACAAAGUGGUGCUGUUCAUUAAGCCCACGUGCUCUUACUGCGUUAUGGCCAAAGACGUUUUGUCCAAAUACAAAUUCAAGCCGGGACAUUUGGACUGCAUUGAUAUAAGCGGACGCGGCGACAUGGACAACAUGCAGGACUAUUUCCUGGAACUCACCGGAGCCCGCACGGUCCCACGGGUGUUCAUCGGUGAGGUGUGUGUUGGAGGUGGCAGCGACGUGGCGGCGCUGCAUAAGAGUGGUAAACUGGAGACCAUGCUGCAGUCUAUUGGAGCCCUGCAGUGACCCGCUCCACACAUCCAGGUUCUAGGCAUCCAGGUGGGGUCACAUGACUAUGCAGCGGGACUUGCGUAGUUUGCGUCGCCGCUGCUGGUACUCGCUGAGCUCCUGCAGGUAGCCUCUGGACGGCCAGCGUAGCCUCUCCACCUGCUCACGCUCCUCCUCUGGAAAACACAAAACAAAUGUAUAAACUUCUGCAAACACAACUCUACUAUUACGACAAGAUUUACUUUGCUUGGCACAAACUCACACUAACACAAAUGGCAAUAACUCCUUGGAUUGUUGCCAUGAACACGGCCGACGAGGCUGAAAUAUCUGAUCAGAUUUUGUUUACACCAACAAGCAACAGAAGACCAACGGUGAUCGAUCGCAUGCUGUCUCCUUAUCCUGGCCUUUGACUUCGCUUGUGCCCUUAAGUACCCGUCCAAUGACCUUAAACGAUUCUUGUGUGUAUGACUAAUGAUGAUUAUAAAAUGUGCUACUGCUACUUA